ACUGCAGGCUAAUAUACACUAUCAACACAGUCUUAGCUCAACGGGACAGUAUUUUGGGGGGAGUUUAUGCACGUUGCAUGUUCCGGUCACACUGUUGGUUCUUCGGUGCCGAAUGCAACAAUUUCCUCGGUUAAUUCACCCCUCCUCCGUGUGAUCUCCGAGGCUUGUUAAAUGAGAAAACGCGCCCUGUCCAAGGCGAAGAGCCGCGGCCCACCUUCAGUUCCACGGGUACGGACACGGUAUUAGAUCACUGCUGUAAGAGUUGAGUCGUAACGCGACGGAGCAGUGCAACAGAAGCCUGAAACUUUUCUUUUAUUAUUUCCGUGGAUUUCGUGCUUUCGCCACCGUGGAGUUGUCAUCGCUGCUGGCGCGCCGUCUUUCAAUCUACUCAUACGUGGAUAAGCGGAAAGGCACCUCCCAGCCGCACACAGGCUCUGAAGUAAAGUCCCCCUCAAUAUACAAUAUGCAUUACAGGUCUAGCACCGUCCUGUAGCUGAAGAGGGUCCCUCGCCUUGUCCAGCGGGCCCCGUAGUUUCCAGUUCCGUCACUGGACGUCAUCUGUGCCCGAUCAUGCCCAGACAUUUAUCAAGAAACUUGCUGGACCUGGUGGCUGCGUCUUAAGUGGAUUUGUUUUGGGGGUAUGGUGGUGGCCCUAUUCCUAAAUGCGCAGAGAAGUGAAAGAAGAGUAACUGAGUGACAUUACACCAACAAGGAGAACAAUAACACAACGAAUUGCAAACAUUUAUAAUAAGCUAAAGAAAAUUCGAUGUUUGAUCAGGCCACGAGUAUGGGCGAUGGGGUCGCCGAGGACAGAAACCACCACUGUGGCUCCAACUCGCUGUGCCGUGACCGGGCAAGAGACUCCAAAAACCGGACUGAUUUGGGGAGUCGAUCUCCGGUGCAAAGCACUACCGAUACCCCGGGGACAUCCGCGUCUACACCGACCUCCUCAAGUGAAGACGGGCACGACAAACUUUUAGGAGUGGACCCGGACUACUGCAGGCGAAUUUUAGUUAGAGAUGCCAAAGGCACCAUCCGGGAGAUUGUGCUGCCAAAAGGCCUCGACCUCGACAGGCCCAAACGCACGCGCACCUCCUUCACUGCAGAGCAGCUGUAUCGGCUCGAGCUUGAGUUCCAACGCUGUCAGUACGUGGUGGGCCGCGAGCGCACAGAACUGGCGCGCCAAUUAAACCUCUCCGAAACUCAGGUGAAGGUGUGGUUCCAAAAUCGCCGUACCAAGCAGAAGAAGGACCAGACCAAGGACACAGACAAGCGCUCGGGCUCCUCGUCCGAGUCGCUGGCCACCUGCAACAUCCUGCGCCUGCUGGAACAGGGCCGCCUGCUCUCCGUGCCGGCCCCUCCUCCGCCCAAUCCGCUGCUCGGGCCCUCCGCCGGCCACCAUCACCACGGCAACGGCUCCCUGCUGGGCAGCCCCGUGUCGUCGUCGUCCUCGCCGCCGGGCGUGGUCAGCACAUCCACGCCGCCGUCCGCCUCUGCCUUCGGGCUGUCGCUGUCCUCGCUGGGCGGCGCGCCGCCCUCACCGCGCCUGGGCGUGCCGCCGCCGUCCCUCUGCUUCACCAUGCCGCUGCUGACCGCCGGUCACCACGAGCUGCCCAUUGCGUACGGCUGCGGCUCCUCGGCCUUCGAGCCGUACACGCGCCUGGAGCGCAAGGAGCCCGACAUGGGCGGCAAGAAGAGCGUCUCCUAAAGAUGGGCCUCUCUGUGACCGCAGAUGCCCACUGCAGCCCCUUAACACCCAACACACACACACACACACACACACACACACACACACAAACUUUCAUCACUCAUUCCACUCCUCUGGCUGAGUGAAGCACUGAGGAGGAGGAGGAGGAGGAGGAUUGUUGGAUGAGGAGGAGGAUGAGAACAGGCUUGCAGGAGGGAGGUCCACUCAACAGACUCACAAGAGAAAGGGAGAGAGACUGAGAGACAGAAAGGGAGAGAGACUGAGAGACAGAAGGGAGAGAGACUGAGAGACAGAAAGGAAGAGAGACUGAGAGACAGAAAGAAAGAAGAGAAAAGACUUCAGCUUCUGCUCCCCACAUCUCAAUGUGCUCCAUUGCUGCUGUGACUCGCCAGCUACUGGGACUAACCCUGGACUGACUAAUGGAUUUAUGAGAAAAGAUAAAAUGAUAAUGUUUGUGUUUGUGUCUUUACGGGCAAGUGUGUGUGUGUGUGUGUGUGUGCUAUAAGAGGAGAGUGUUUUCUCUUAAGUUAUCUCAGCUACCCCUUGGUGUGUCGCUGUGUGUAUCCUUCUUCUCCACUGUUCCUCGUGCAUAUGGCUGAUGAUUGUAAGAGAAUGAGACUGCUUGUGUGUGUGUGUGUGUGUGAGUGUGUGUUUUUUUCACCAGGAAUGCAGGCAAUGAAAAAAGAGAAAGAGGAAAAGGAAAAUCAGAAGCAGCAUGACUGAACAGUUCUGAGUUGUUGACUCUAUGCUGUGAAGAGCAUUUAACCACUGUGUUUGUGUGUGUGUGUGUGUGUGUGUGUGUGAGUUACGCUUGAAAAACUCAGAAAAGUCACUGAGAGGAAAGGCAGACAUUGCUAUUAGACCAGGGCACUCACUGUACAAUGGCUCAUUUGCAAAAUAGAUACUAUGUGUGUGUCUGUGUGUAUGUUGUGUGUGCGAGUGUGUGUUUGUGUUUGUGUUUGUGUGUGUGUGUGUGUGUGUGUGUGUGUGUGUGUGUGUGUGUGUGUGUAACCACUGGGUCAUGAGAUGCUAAGAAAAAAAACGCAAGCUGCACCUAGCUUUCACAGACAUCUGCAUCAAUGGCCUGUACGCACUGCAGAAUGAUCCGGCAAAAAAAGUCAGGGACCUGUUUAGACACACACCCUCCUUUAGAACAUCACCUCACCAACACAUCUCACUGCUCUGCUUUGGCCCGUCUGUCUGUCCUUAUCUGCCGUUCUGAAAUGGAAUGCGCCGAUGACAGCUUCUUUUCGCCCGAGGGUCGGAAUCAUUGGCUCAGCCACACUGCACUGUUUUCCCCGGAUGGACACCACGUCUCGGACUAAUGAGCUGUUUCCAAAUGUAAGCGAUACCGAAGGGCGCGAGGUGCACCGGAGAAGUGUCCCGUCGGGCCGGCCGUCCUUCGUAAUCCCACCCUGACAGGGGACAGGCCUGGCGGCGCACUACAAAAAGCUUAGAUCCAAUUUGUGGUCAUCUGCUUUUUAUUAUCUCUGCAGUAUGAUGUUUUAAUUGACUCUGACUAACAGACUGACCGGUAGAUGGAGGCUGAUCAAGGACAAGUCAGCCAAGACCAGUGUCUAGUCUAGGAGGAGGAGGACGGGGGAAAAGAUCCGAAGCAUGCACCACACAGUGCAUAUUCAGGGGCCAAAGGACGUCUUAAACGACUUUCGACACCAGCUUGUUGUUGCGGCGGCGAAAAAAACAACCAAACAUCUGCGGCCGCGUUCGGCAGUCUGUUAACAUGUUGUCUGUACGAGGGCUUGCUUGAGACGAGACAGGGCGAGGGCAGGGGAGGGGAGAGGGGGCAGGAGGAGGUGGAGGGUGGUGU